AUGGCGUCUUAUAUCUCUGCAAAGCGUAAGGGUAUUCAUAUUAAAAAUCUUACUAGAACUGCUCUUUUUUUAUCAAAAGCUUGUGAUUUAAUUUUUGACGCAGCAAGUAGGGGAAAGCAAUUCUUAAUUAUUGGUACAAAAAAUAAAGCAACUGAUUCAGUAGAGUGGGCUGCAAUAAGGGCUCGGUGUCAUUAUGUUAAUAAAAAAUGGCUUGGCAGGCUUACUUCAAUUGGACCUGGAGUUGGUAAAGGGACUGCCGCGGGUCAAGCUAUAGAGGGUAUCGCGAGACAGCCUGAGGCAGAGGGGAAAAUACGAGAUAAUCGAAAACAGAGGAUCUUGAAUACUAUUCAAAAUUCAGAAGAACUGCAUAGAGGGGCUAUUGAACAACUCGAAAAAGCUCGUUCUCGCUUACGGAAAGUAGAAACCAAAGCCGAGAAGCUUCGAGUGAAUGGAUACUCCGAGAUAGAACAAGAAAAAUUGACUUUGAUUAAUUCAAAUUAUAAGACUUUGGAACAAUUAGAAAAUUACAAAAACAAAACGAUUCAGUUUGAACAGCAAAGGGAGAUUAAUCAAGUCCGACAACAGGUUUUCCAACAAGCCUUACGAUGA